AUGCUGUCUUGUCUUCCUGGUAUCGUCGUCGAUGAUGUCGCUCCCCCGGCUGCGAAACGGCGGCGCCUAAAUACUACCCCUCAUGCAGGACGCAUCGCAAUUGAGCACCUCUGCAAUGGAUCCGAGUAUGCACACUCAGCACACACAACACCAGCACCAUCCCCUAUUUGCGCUGCUGUAGAGGAGGUAUACGAAACCACCUUGAUUUGCUAUGGCAUGAUAUCGGAUUUGACAGUAAACGUUCCCCUGCACCACCUCACCUCCAAUGUCUCGACCCAACACCCGAUACACUUUGAACCUCCUCGCACACUUAGGUGUCGCGUUGCCAAUGCGCCCAUCGGACGACUAGACGACUUUGCGGGCGAGUUGCUACUGAGGCUGGUUGACGACGACGACCUCAUCCUACAAUUUCUACUCUCGUCGACUCCAAUCACUCCCGCAGCCGAGAGGAAGUCAGCCAAAAACGGUUCAAAAUUUCUUGGAGUCAUCAUAUAUGGGCCAAGAUACCGCCUCAAUGACGUUGGCGAUUUUAUGACCCAGGCUGGCUGCUACUUGGAUGAUCCUGUUGGUUGUGAUCGCAACGUCCCAUACAUGAACCCUCAAUGUCUAUUCAGCCUUCACGAACAACCACCAAUGACGUUUGAGCUACUGCAGCCUCAGCAGCCACAUAUUCACGAUUACUCAAGAGCUUCUCUUGAUGUUUUAUCUGGCUUCGAGACUACCGAUGAUCUCGAGUUAUCGACUACCCCAGCAGCUCUGCGCACUAAAUUGAAAUCACAUCAGAGACAAGCUUUGACUUUCUUCUUGAGGCGCGAACAAGGGUUGCAUCCGAACGAGGAUGGUUUCGGUAUAUGGUUGCGGAAAUGGAAUGAAGGGAAGUCUAUUUUCGUGAACACCAUGACAGAUGAGGCACAAUUUGCUCCAGGCCCUAUGUGGCGCGGUGGAUUGCUUGCUGAUGAGAUGGGUCUUGGGAAGACGCUAAGCAUGAUUGCUUUGGUUGCUGCGGACCAAGAUAACACUUUGAACGAUAAGUCAUUCACGGGCCACCCUAUAUACGGCGCUUCUAUAAGCUCAACUCUUAUAGUAGUGCCGCUGAGCUUGUUCAGUGUCUGGGAAUCGCAGUUGAGAAGUCAUGUGCACGACGGCAGAUUGACAUGGUUCAUGCACCAUGGAAAACAGAGAUUUAACUCGAAGAGCAAGGAAGUACUGCCCGACAUAGUUUUUACCACUUAUCAGACAAUUGAGAGAGAGCAUCGUAAUUGUGCUCAAGGUAGCAGCUCUUUGUUCUCUCACCAUUGGAGACGCAUUAUCCUCGACGAAGCGCACACUAUACGCAACCACAAUACCUCGACUGCGCAAGCAAUAACCGUACUGCAGGCAACUUCUAGAUGGGCAGUAUCGGGAACCCCGAUUCAGAAUAGCCUGCUCGACUUCUAUGGCCUGUUCAAAUUUCUUCACUUCUCCCCAUACGACGACCCAGGAGUUUUCGACGACGACGUCACGAACUUAUGGCGCGUCAAGCCCGCCGAGGAAGCCGCUGAGGCUUUUAAAAAGUUACUCUCGUGCAUCAUGAUACGCCGAACAAAAGCUAUCUUGGAUCUGCCCAUCAGAGAUGACAAACUGAUCCGUGUGCCAUUUAGUCAUGAGGAAGAGAAAUAUUACCGCCAAAUCGAGCGACCCGUCGUUGAUAUGCUGGAUCGUGCCACAGAAAGUGGCUGCCAAACCAACGUACCCUGGAUGACUGCUAUACAACAAAUCAACAAACUUCGUCUUGUUUGCAACCUGGGAAUUUCUACUCCGUCACAAUCUCGUCACUUGCCACAAUCGGGCAGUAUCGAUGAGAGAACGGCUUUGAUGAACGCGCGAUAUUCCAUGGGUGGAGAACUAUGCGCACAGUGCUUACAGCCAGUUGAAGCAUCCGCGUCUGGGGAUGGACUCCGGGAUGCUACACAACCACAGGUUUAUCUUUCAGCUUGCAGCAUAUUUUACUGCGCUGAUUGCUCUGUACUACUCCGAUACCAAUCACCUGAUCCAUGCGAGUGUAUAAAGCAACUGCGACCCUGUCAAAUUCGUCCAUUGGCAUCCUUCUUGCCUACCCCUAGACUUACACCAGUUGGCGAUCUUUCUCCCUCACCAAUGGAGUGGGACCACAGCAACGAUAUUUCAAGUAAAGUAUGGACACUUGUAUCGCAGAUUAAGUCUUGUCCAAACGAAAAACAUGUUGUGUUCUCGUCGUGGACAUCAAGUCUCGAUAUGGUGGAGAGGGCGCUUCGGUGUGACCCAAACCAUAUUAUUGAAUCAGUCCGAAUCGACGGCAAAGUGCAGCUGAAGAACCGCAGCAAUGCCAUACAGCAGCUCCAUCGCAAUCCUCGGAUACGCGUCAUACUAGUCACGAUUGGUUGUGGUGCAUGUGGUUUGGACCUAACAGCCGCUUCGAGGGCACACCUUCUCGAGCCGCAAUGGAACCCAUCUCUCGAAGAUCAAGCACUUGCUCGAAUCCAUCGAUUAGGGCAGACCCGUCCUGUGAUAACCAUACGCUAUGUCAUGGAAGACUCGUUUGAAGAGCACAUUCUCAAAGUCCAAGAUCGCAAGAAGCUGCUCGCCACCACUCUAUUGUCAAAUGGCUCUUCCCUCGAGAAUCUGCGCCAAUUACUUCACGAAAGAAAGGAAGGCCAAUUGUCUUGA